AUGAGGUGGGGGACUGGGGGACAGGCAGUGGCUGAGGACUCGGGCUUCAUCCUUCGGGCAGCAGGAAGGAAGGCCCCCGCUACCCACCCCACCUGUGGCGGCCGGCGCUGCGAACGGAAAGCCGAGGGCACCAGGCCACCUGUUCCCAGCCUAGGAGUAGCAGGGGGACGGGUCUGCAGCCCCCUCCCCACUUCCUCUCCCCUGCACACUCCAGGCUGUCCUCUGCGAGGCUGUCACUCCAGGAGACACGGGCCUCCUGCCUCUCUUCUUCCCCCACCGCGCAGGGGCAGAGGCUGGGGAGGGUCCUGCAGGGCCAGGAGAGAUGUUCAGUUUUCACCGUUCCUGGGCUGCGACCCCAGCUGGGUGGGUGCGACCUGGUGGGAUGGCCCAAGCCACCCCGGCUUUUGGGCGGCCUCCUGGGUGGCCCCUCGGCCUGCCCCUUGCGUGUGGCCACGGGCAGCCAGCUUUCCGGGCCCCAGUUCGUUGCACAAGUUCCUGGGUCAACAUAAACAACCGCGGUGCACCACAGAGUUCCUGGCCCGGCUUCCUCUCCGCUCUGUGUGCGACCUCCUGACGGAUAAGGAAGUGAAAGAUGGCAGAUGCUUACGGAGCAGUGGGCGCCCACGGAGACGAGCCACGGCCACGCGGGGGUGCAGGGGGACGGCCAGGGUCCUGUCCACAUGGGACUUAGGUCUCAGUUCCAAGGCAAGCUGUGCCCCUGGAACCGGCCUCCAUGCUGCCUGCACCCCCAGCUCCUGCGCUUUGAGGGGCUGCACCGGGCAGAAGUGCCUGGUGUGGGGCCUUCGCCGAGGCAGGUCUCGGCUGGCAGCACCUGCCACAGGCCUGCGCUGGGCUCAGCACGUGCUUUGCAAAACGGCAAGUAAUGCCUGCUCUGUGGAGGAAAAUUGGCCAGUGCGGAGGAGGGAGGAGAGGAAGAAACAGGGCUGGGCCGGCUGGAGAUCCCCGCUUUGGCUGGCAGCUCCCCAGGCCUCCCCCAGGUGGUUCUCACACAGGCGUAGCGGUCGGACAGGACUUCCCAGCACCUGUGGCUUUCCCCAGGUGACAGCAGGCCGAACACCACGUGCUGACAGUGACUCUGAGUUCUCGUCGCCUUUUCCUUUAAAAGAAUGACCUCUCCUUCAGCCCAAACCCUCUCCACACGCCUCAGCCAGCCCACCUCUUCCCUAGCCUCUCCCAGGCUGGCUGUGGCUGGUGGGGGCGCCCGGCUGACUGCCCCACCUAGGGCCCUCUCAUGUCCGUCUGGUUUUGGAUGCUGAGGAGUUUACUGCCCCGGAUGGCAGUUUCCAUACUAGCUCUCUGUCAGCCGCUCUCUGCACCUGUCUGGUAGGUCUCCAGGUACACCCCUGCCCAGCCUCUUCAUGUGGGAGUCCCAGGGGCAGCAGCCGCCGGGGCCAGGCCUUCCGGCCAAGCUCGGAUGCCCGCUCCUUCCAGAGCCUCCUGAUCACCCCAAGUAGAGGAGCUCACAGAGCUGCCCCCAACAACGAGCCUCUUCUCACCCACAGUCUCUUUCACUUUGCAGCAGCUCAGGGCGCCGUCAUUCUCUCCAACUCACAGGGCAGAGGACAGGACAGAGACCCUCACCGGAGGGCACCUGGCCUGGAGGCGUCGCCGCCUUCGGCUCCAACCAGCCCCAUGCCCUGCAAAGCUCCCGAGGGCCAGGCCCACCCAAUGCUGCUCGACUCCGUAGCCUGGCCCAGCGUGGCGGCACAGCUCACAGGAGGCACGGGCCUGUUCCCAGUGCACGGCCCCAACGCUUCCCGCCAUCCGAUUCGGGAUUCGCAUCUCCUGUGUGGGUGCAGGUCCCAGACCCCGGGCCUGCCAGUCCCCACACCAGAGCCACCGAACUCCAAGGGCCCUGUCCUCUCGACUCUCCCACACCCGGUGGGCGGCCCACAUCUCUUGCAUGGCUCUCAGCCUCUCCCCCUGCAGCCCUGAGGGUCUCCCCAUAAUGGCCCUCUUUGGCACUUCCUAAAUCCAAAGAGGCAGCAGAUCUGAGACACGGCAGGGCUGGCCAGGGCUCCUGCAGGGAAGUGGGUCGGGCCCUCCCUUAGGCCUGUGCCCCCAGCCUCCAAUCCCACACCCCCAUCACCCCCAGGUUGCCCUGCAGGUGCUUCGUGUUUGGACAGCUGGAAGCAGAGCUCGGCCUGUGACCUGCCUGGUCCAGCAACUGGCCCUUCUGGAGAGUCACAGCGAGACACACAGCCACAUCCUGUAAACGAAGACCUCGUGUCUGGGAGGUCAGGUAACUUCCCCAAAGCCGGUCUGGCCUCCCAGCCCCAUCCCCAGUCCCAGAGGGGAGGUGGGAUGAAGGCAGGGCUAAGGCCAGGCCGUGGAGGCAGAGGCGCCUGCCGGCCUGCAGGACAGAGGGAGGAAGUGCCUGGGCCUGGGCAGACAAAGGCCCUCAGAUUCACAAGCUGAAGCCCUAGCACCCAGGGCCUCGGCAUGUCACUGUGUUUGAAGACAGGUAAAGGUCGUCAAGGUAAGACAGGGUGGUCCUGAUCCAAUAUGACUGACGUCCUUGUAAGAAGGGGAGAUUGGGACAGACAUGACUGGAGGGACGGCCACGUGAGGACGCCUCAGCGAAAUGGUGUGCAAGAGCGGGAAGUGGGGCCUCAGAGGAGCCAACACUUGGAUCUCGGGCUUCCAGGAGGAUCAGUCCCUGUGGUUGAAACCACCGGGGCCUGUGCGACUCCGUCAUGGCCGCCCCAGCUGACAAAUUUCCCUGACCCACCCCGCCGCAGUGCCACCCAGAAGCUUGGCGGGUGCUGUGACAGGGGCUGGGUCCCUGCUCGGCCCUCGGGUGCCGGGGUGUACCCUAUGAGAGCGGCACAGCCACGGACACGGCCCUCUGCAGUUCCAGGCUCCGAGCACCAUCUGGGACCCCGGUUCCUGAUGUAAGAGGCUCCCCACUGCCGUCCCAUCCUCUGCAAGGUACCUCGGAGAGCGGCUGGAGGCUAACGGGACGAGGCCUGGGUUUUAGGGUCCUGCCUGGGUUUCUGUGUGGCCUGGGGCCACCGUCUUUCUCUCUCUGGUCCCCUCUACUCUCACAUCCCAGGCUGGAUGACUGGGGCCCAGGAGCUGCUCCACGCCUCCUCUGGGCUUCCUGGUCGCACCCCUGGCCUGACAGCCCCUGGGAAGGCCCCGCUCUCCCUCUCGGGGCCCAGCCUGGCUCCUCCUGUUGAGCUGCAGCCCCCCAGGCCUCCUUCCCAAGCGCAUCGGCUCUGACCUCAGGGCUCCCCACAUGCGUUCCCCUCUAGGAAGGGCCCCCGGGGGCUCCCUGAAACUCUCUCCUCCCUAGAACACCUGUUCCUCCUGCACCUCCAUGGGGGGCCGCAUGGGGCUGCUGACCACAGUCUCACGCACAGCCUGGGAGCGCCUGGAGGUUUCGGGGCGGCAGGCGCUCAGUCAGUCCUCGGGUCACCAUGGAUGGCCUUGCUCUGUGAUCCACACUGAGGCCCAGUGGUCAGCUGGGGGGCUGGACAGGAGGCGGCCACUUCCUGGGCUGGUGGUGACUCACAGGUCCGUUUCUGGGAAAACUCCCGCCCACCCCCACUCAAUCCGGAUGGUGCAGAGCUCGGUGUGGGGACCAGCUGUGGGAAGUGCAUUGUGAUUAGGGGCCGCGUCUGGGGGUGGGGAAGGCGGGAGCUGGGG